CCAUUGCUUUUGUGGACAUAAGAUUGCCCUUCUCUUUUCUCAUUCUUCUUAUUUUUUUUCCCUUUGAAUCUUUGAGUGUGGGUGUCCAUCUCUCGGCCAUUCGAUCUCUUGCUUGUUUCCUCUCUUCUUCUCUUCCUUCCUUUCCAAGUAAGCUUCUUCUAGAGUUUUUUCGGGAUUGAUUCUUCCUCCAGCCAGCGCGAUACAGAAUCGCAUCCAAAAUCUCAGUGGUUUUGCUCCGGCAAAGCCGUGGAAUUUAAUUGCUUUCCCGUGAGCACCGGAUGCGUCAAGGGCCACAUUGCGUCCAGGGAUUGAUCCGAUUGAAUUGAGGAUCGAUUUAGUGAUCGAGAAUACUCUAGCGCUACCAUCCAGCUCCAGCGCUGUAGCUUAAGCGCUCGCACUCGCCAUGGCACCUCGCGCGGGGCGCGCCAAAGUCCACAAGCCCAAAGGCGAGAAGAAGAAGAAGGAAGAGAAGACGCUGCCGGUGAUGCUCGAUGUUACUGUCCAUCUCCCAUCGGGCACGCAGAUCACGCUCAAGGGUAUUUCCACGGACCGCAUUCUGGAUGUGCGCCGCCUCUUGGCCGUCAAUGUGGAGACGUGCCAUCUCACGAAUUUCUCGCUCGCGCACGAGAUAAAAGGAGGUCGUUUGCGGGACUCGUUGGAGAUCGCUGUUCUUAAACCCUGCGUUCUUACUCUUGUCGAAGAGGAUUACACCGAGGAAAAGGCAAUCACACACGUCAGAAGGCUUCUGGACAUUGUUUCAAGCACAGCGUGUUUUGGGCCUUCAGGGAAGCAGCUGACUGAUACUCAUGACGGAAGUCACAAAGAGAAUUCUCCUUCAACGGAAGACUCGGCUGUUUCCAAAGAAGCGGAUCAAAAGCACAAUACUGUAGCUUCCAAAGAAGCGGAACAAAAGCUGAUUGCUGCUGCCGGCAACAAGGCUGAUCCGGACAAGGAUGAAGACGGCAAAACAAAACAGGCAGGAGAUCAUGCUCGAAGGAACGGGGAGAUUAAGAAGCUAGGAACCUCCAAGUCGAAAGGAAAAUCAGAGGCCGCAGCUGUUAUUGCAGAAGCUAAAGAGGCAUCAGAGAAAGGUGACAUCGACAAGUUGUGUCCUCCAUCGAAGCUUGGCCAGUUCUACCAGUUCUUUUCUUUUUCCCAUCUCACUGCACCAAUCCAAUUUCUUCGGAGAUCGACGAGACAAGCAUGCGAAAAUCUUGCUGAAGGGGAGUUUUUUGCAAUUGAUGUAAGGCUUCUCAAAUUUUGUUGCUUUGAUCUUAGGCCCGCUACUUUCAUUUUGCAGGUAAGAUUAUGCAACGGCAAACUCGUAACGGCUGUAGCUUGUACCUCGGGAUUCUACAAUGCUGGCAAGCCUCAGACAAAAUUCUAUCAACUUGUCAAUCUGCUUCGACACGCUAGCAAGGCUUUUGCCAACGCAUACGAUGACCUUAUCAAGGCAUUUGUGGAACGUAACAAGUUUGGAAACAUCCCGUAUGGACUUCGAUCAAACACCUGGGUGGUUCCACCCACUGCAGCAGAGGCUCCAUCAACAUUUCCUCCAUUACCUUCAGAAGACGAGACUUGGGGUGGUAAUGGUGGAGGACAAGGAAGAGACGAUGAAAGCGUUGAGAAGGAAUGGUCUCGGGAUUUCAUGGUUCUAGCGCGCAUGCCGUGUAAGACAGAUGAAGAACGCCAGGUUCGGGACAGGAAAGCCUUUCUUCUUCACAGCCUUUUCGUAGACACGUGCCUAGUUCAUGCUACAUCAGUUUUGAAAGAUGCGGAACAGCUGCCAGAUGUACCUCUGAUUGACGACCGUGGACAUUUUCUCGUUAAAGAAGCGGGGUCCCUGAAUGUUUUGCUAGCUCAGGACGUUACAGACGCAAGCAAAAAAGUUGAUUUCAAGAUUGAUACUAUUCAUAGCCGACAACUGACACCUGAAGAGCUUUCUCAGAAGAACCUCUUCAAAGGAAUUGCAGCUGACGAAAGCACCACUGUUCAUGACACUGCGACGCUGGGUGUUGUUCUGAUCCGGCAUAAAAAAUAUAUGGCAUUGGUCGAAGCAAGGGGCCUUAAAGAAGCCCAAGAGAUGAUAAAUUUACCAAAUGAUCUUCAAGUUGAGGAACAGGCAGAGGGAGGAGCCAAUGCUCUAAACGUCAACAGCCUACGAAGUCUCCUGCAUCAAACGGCUAGCGUUUCAGUGGAUCCUGAGGAAGUUAGGAAGUCCAGGGAUGUGCUUCAGAGGAUAAUGGCUGAAAGCUUGAAAGGGCUGCAGAACGAGUCAGACAGGACUGAUGGAUUUAUAAGGUGGGAACUGGGAGCGUGCUGGGUUCAGCAUCUUCAGACACAGGCCAAUUCGGAGAAGGCUGAUGCAAAGGGAUCAAACAAGCAAGACCCAAAGAAAAAAACAAACGAGAAGCUGGUUGAUAAAAAGACGGUCCUUGAAAAGACCAAGCCACUGGAUUCUUUGCGUGAUCAUGUCAGUGAUUCACAAGAAUCUUCUUCUGCAAGUUUGGAAAAGCCAAAAGAAGUAGAUCCUCUGAAAGUACAAUCGGAAGCGCAUCUCAAAAGCUUACUUGGAGACGCAGCAUUUACUCGCUUGAAGGAGUCGGACAUAGGCCUCCAUUCGAAGACUGUCCCCGAACUUGUUGCUGGAGCAGAUCAAUACUAUAAUGACGUUGCGCUUCCUAAACUGGUGUCCGAUUUCGCAUCUUUAGAAUUAUCACCAGUUGAUGGGCGCACGUUGACGGACUUCAUGCACACACGAGGCCUCAGAAUGAGAUCCCUGGGUCGGGUGGCUGAACUCUCGAAAAAUCUUCCACACAUUCAGUCUCUGUGUGUUCAUGAGAUGGUUGUUCGAGCGUUCAAGCAUGUACUUCGUGCAAUGGUUGCAGCUGUCACGCAUCCAUCCGAACUAGCAGUCUCAAUCGCCGUCGCACUCAAUGCAAUGCUGGGAACUCCUUCCAAAGAGUCCAUGCUCGAGUCCUCCAAUACGUCCGAGCUUCUGACUUGGAAAUGGUUGGAAGCCUUCACCUUGAAAAGAUUUGGCUGGACACUGUCAGUUGAUCCUCGGCCCGAGUUAAGAAAGUAUGCAGUUCUUCGUGGCAUUUGCCAUAAGGUUGGUGUGGAAAUCGCACCUAGAGAUUACGACUACCAAUCUCCUAACCCCUUCAGUAGCGCUGAUAUUAUCAGCAUGGUUCCAGUUUAUAAGGUACUUUUUUUCUCUGUGGUAACCGUAAAUGAUUAUAUUAUACGGCAGCAAGCGGCUUGUUCAUCUGCGGACGGACGGACACUGUUAGAAUCGUCAAAAACUGCCCUGGAUAAAGGAAAGUUAGAUGAUGCGGUUGCUUACGGCACGAAGGCUUUGGCGAAACUGGUGGCUGUCUGCGGUUCUUAUCACCGAAUGACUGCCGGAGCUUAUAGUCUUUUGGCAGUGGUAUUGUAUCAUACAGGGGAUUUCAAUCAGGCUACCAUCUACCAACAAAAGGCUUUAGACAUCAAUGAACGCGAGCUUGGCUUGGACCAUCCGGAUACCAUGAAGAGCUAUGGAGAUCUGGCUGUCUUUUACUACCGGUUGCAGCAUACCGAACUAGCUCUGAAGUAUGUCAACCGGGCCUUAUACCUCCUUCACCUGAUCUGUGGACCCUCCCACCCGAACACAGCAGCUACAUAUAUCAACGUUGCAAUGAUGGAAGAAGGUCUAGGGAAUGUGCAUAUAGCGCUUAGAUAUCUUCACGAAGCUUUGAAAUGCAACCAGCGACUUUUAGGAGCGGACCACAUCCAGACGGCCGCUAGCUACCAUGCCAUAGCUAUCGCCCUUUCGCUAAUGGAAGCGUACUCCCUCAGUGUACAGCACGAGCAAACAACGCUUCAAAUCUUGCAAGCUAAGCUUGGUCCUGAUGACUUGCGCACACAGGAUGCAGCUGCUUGGCUGGACUAUUUCGACUCAAAAGCUGUAGAGCAGCAAGAGGCUGCACGAACUGGGGCACCAAAACCAGAUGCUUCAAUCGCCAGCAAAGGUCAUCUCAGUGUUUCAGAUUUGCUAGAAUACAUCAACGCUGAAGCAGAACUCAAAAGAAAGGAGUUGGAGAACAUCAAACGCAAACCAAAGCGUUCAAAACCUUCUAAAGGUCUCUCAAGUAAGCCAUCAGAUGAGGGAGCUGAUGAGGAUCAGAGCUUCUCGGACACAGACUCUGCGGAAUCACCACGCGAAGCUCCACCGGACGUUAUUUUAAACGAACCUGCAACGGUAGAGAAUGGCAAUCACAUCAUGGAGGAUAAGAAAAUAAUGGUACCGCCAUCCACAGCGAUGGAGGACACGUAUCUCUUCGAGGACGAUGGGUGGCAAGAGGCAAUGCCUAAAGGACGGCAUUUGAACGGGGCUGUCAAGAACUUCUGGCGCAAAGGAUCAAAUGGUUUCACAAGGAACAACAAUCGCAGGAACUUGCUAGCCGCUGGUCAGAAUAAGGAGCAGCAGCCUCUUGUGCAAGCUGCCGGUAAAAGGAAAGUCACAAUUUCGUCAAAUAAUGGCGCUGGAAACUCCCCGACGGGUGGAACGGCAGCACCGACGGUCAAAACAGAGCUGGGUUACCGCAAGCUCGGAAAGUUUUUCAAUAACAGGUCUCCCUCCAGCAAUGGCUCAACGCAUAACGUGCCCGAGCUUUCAACAGUAACUUCUCCGCAGUACACAAUCAAACGAGUAAAGAGCAGUAGCAAUCAAGCGAAGGUAGCCAGUGUGGAUCCUGAGACGGCCUCUGUGUCGUCCUCUUCUUCAGCUGGAGUACCGUCGGAACCGCCAAGAUUAGCUUCCUCUGGCAAGGGACACUUUUCCUACAAACAAAUAGCAUUGGCACCACCCGGGACAUGCACGAGUCCACCACCUAUUGUGGACAACAAGACUCAGUUGGAGGAAUCAUCUAAACCGGAGGCUACAGAAGUUCAAGCAAAAGACGUGGAUGGUACUGAACGUGACGCUUCUCCGGACCGCCACGCACGGCCUUCGCAGCCAGCUGAGGAUGCAAACUCUAAAUCAUCUGGUGUGGAGGAAGUGGGGACGACGGCCGAAACACAGCAAAGUAUGGCUGAGGAAGUCGGCGACUCCUUGGACGUGGAGGACCAGCAGACAGACUCGGAUGGAGGAUCGUCAAAGAGGCUUUCUGCCGCAGCGCCACCGUUCAGUCCCAUCGCCAAUCCCCCCAACGUGGAGAGCCCGACAGGACCGGCAGUGGUCGUCACUCCGUUCAAGGAUGGAAAGAGUUUGCCAAACGCAAACUUGUCGUCACAGGCGGCUGUUACACAGACGACAGUCGCAGUCACUCCCAUCAAAAAGUCCUCUCAGUUUCAUCUCGGCAGAGGUCCAGCGAGAUCACAAGGUCCUUUCAACUCUACGAAGAGGACUUACGUUUUCGCUCCUCGAACGCCUCAACCUCAGCCUGUGGUACAGAUACCGGAAGAAGCUCAGCAACCAUCCGAAACAGUAUCAAAGUCGGCCCCAGUGACUCCCAACACAGGUGCCGAGUUCAGUCCCGGUGGGAGGAAGAUGAACCCAAACGCAGCGGAGUUCGUUCCCGGAAAGCCGUGGUUUUCGUCGCAGCUGCUGGAUUUUCCUCCUCUCGUUAAAGGUGACCCCCGCCAACUUAUGGUUGCAGUACCGGUUUACCAGUACAGCAGUGAGCUCGAGAUGGAAUACGCUGCCGCUGCCGCCGCUGGCGCGCCUCAGAACUGCCUCAUGAUGGAGCCCAUGGUUCCCAUGGGAUUCGAGAGUGCUCCUCCACCUCCUCCAGCCGAGGACAUCAUCAAAACUCUCGAAGGCAGUGGUGAGGCAGAAAUGCCAGUAGCAGCAGCAGAGGGGACGAGCAGUGUCACUCCGGCAUCAACCUCUGGCUCUACUGCGACGAAGCUGUGGGCCGACCUUGCAAGCGAGAGCGAGUCCGAGGGCGACGAAGCUCUUCACGGCACUCACGAAUCAAAUGGUACACAAGCUAACGGUGAGGCCACCACCAACAAAAUUGCCGAGAACGGCAGCGAUGCACGAAGCACGACAGAGUCGUCCUCCGGCGACGUGUGUUUCGAGCACAGCACCCGUGCGCAUCACAAAGGCUACGGGGGAAUGGUGCACAGACCCGAUGGCGGAGAUUGCAUCCCUCCAGUGCAGCCGGUUGUGAUCGUGAGGUAACCAGCCUCGCUAUAGUCUAGCUCACCCGGCGAAGUACAGGCCAGAGUGACGAGAAUGAAGAAGACGACGACGAAUGACGCCGAUAAGCUUAGCUUCAAUCAGCGAAAUCAAGCCGCCAGCUAAGAGCAAAGCAUGCAGCUCUCGAGGAUAAUUUGCCGGGGUGGUGGUUUGCUAGAUUCAAUUUUUUGGAGUGAUUGAUCCGAAAGAAGAAAAAUGGGAGAUGGAGCAGCAGUAGUAGUAGCAGCAUUGGGAGCAUCAGCAGCAGCAGCAGUGGCAGCAAAACUUAGCCAGUGUCAGAACUGGGAAAGAAAAGGAAUACGAAAGAGCUCUCUCUCGCUCGUCUCCUUGCGAGCUGCUGA